GGUUAAUUCAUACUUUUGUCCAUUUCUAGCUUACAAAACACUACACAGCAAAAUAAUGAUCUGCUAGACUGCUAACCCGAGCGUCCAGCUUCCACAAUGCCUGUGCAGGCAGCUCAAUGGACAGAAUUUCUGUCCUGUCCAAUCUGCUAUAAUGAAUUUGAUGAGAAUGUGCACAAACCCAUCAGUUUAGGUUGUUCACACACUGUUUGCAAGACCUGCUUGAAUAAACUUCAUCGAAAAGCUUGUCCUUUUGACCAGACUGCCAUCAACACAGAUAUUGAUGUACUUCCUGUCAACUUUGCACUUCUCCAGUUAGUUGGAGCCCAGGUACCAGAUCAUCAGUCAAUUAAGUUAAGUAAUCUAGGUGAGAAUAAACACUAUGAGGUUGCAAAGAAAUGCGUUGAGGAUUUGGCACUCUACUUAAAACCACUAAGUGGAGGUAAAGGUGUAGCUAGUUUGAACCAGAGUGCACUGAGCCGUCCAAUGCAAAGGAAACUGGUGACACUUGUAAACUGUCAACUGGUGGAAGAAGAAGGUCGUGUAAGAGCCAUGCGAGCAGCUCGUUCCCUUGGAGAAAGAACUGUAACAGAACUGAUAUUACAGCACCAGAACCCUCAGCAGUUGUCUGCCAAUCUAUGGGCCGCUGUCAGGGCUCGAGGAUGCCAGUUUUUAGGGCCAGCUAUGCAAGAAGAGGCCUUGAAGCUGGUAUUACUGGCAUUGGAAGAUGGUUCUGCCCUCUCAAGGAAAGUUCUGGUACUUUUUGUUGUGCAGAGACUAGAACCAAGAUUUCCUCAGGCAUCAAAAACAAGUAUUGGUCAUGUUGUGCAACUACUGUAUCGAGCUUCUUGUUUUAAGGUUACCAAAAGAGAUGAAGACUCUUCCUUAAUGCAGCUGAAGGAAGAAUUUCGGAGUUAUGAAGCGUUACGCAGGGAACAUGAUGCCCAAAUUGUUCAUAUUGCUAUGGAAGCAGGACUCCGUAUUUCACCUGAACAGUGGUCCUCUCUUUUGUAUGGUGAUUUGGCUCAUAAAUCACACAUGCAGUCUAUCAUUGAUAAGCUACAGUCUCCAGAGUCAUUUGCAAAGAGUGUCCAGGAAUUGACAAUUGUUUUGCAACGAACAGGUGACCCAGCUAACUUAAAUAGACUGAGACCUCAUUUAGAGCUUCUUGCAAACAUAGACCCUAAUCCAGAUGCUGUUUCACCAACUUGGGAGCAGCUAGAAAAUGCAAUGGUAGCUGUUAAAACAGUAGUUCAUGGCCUUGUGGACUUCAUACAAAAUUAUAGUAGAAAAGGCCAUGAGACCCCUCAGCCUCAGCCAAACAGCAAAUACAAGACUAGCAUGUGCCGAGAUCUGCGACAGCAAGGGGGUUGUCCACGAGGAACAAAUUGUACAUUUGCCCAUUCUCAGGAAGAGCUUGAAAAGUAUCGAUUAAGGAACAAAAAGAUCAAUGCCACUGUAAGAACGUUUCCUCUUCUAAAUAAAGUUGGUGUAAACAACACUGUCACAACCACAGCCGGAAAUGUCAUUUCUGUCAUAGGAAGUACUGAAACAACAGGGAAAAUUGUUCCAAGUACAAACGGAAUUUCAAAUGCAGAAAACAGUGUUUCCCAGCUAAUCUCACGUAGUACUGACAGUACCUUAAGAGCUCUGGAGACCGUGAAGAAAGUGGGAAAAGUUGGCACUAAUGGUCAGAAUGCUGCUGGGCCCUCUGCAGAUUCUGUAACUGAAAAUAAAAUUGGUUCUCCACCCAAGACUCCUGUAAGUAAUGUAGCAGCUACCUCAGCUGGGCCCUCUAAUGUUGGAACAGAGCUGAAUUCUGUGCCUCAAAAAUCCAGCCCAUUUCUAACUAGAGUACCAGUAUAUCCUCCGCAUUCUGAAAACAUUCAGUAUUUUCAAGAUCCAAGGACUCAGAUACCCUUUGAAGUCCCACAGUACCCACAGACAGGAUACUAUCCACCACCUCCAACGGUACCAGCUGGUGUGGCUCCCUGUGUUCCUCGCUUUGUGAGGUCCAAUAAUGUUCCAGAGUCCUCCCUCCCACCUGCUUCCAUGCCAUAUGCCGAUCAUUACAGUACAUUUUCCCCUCGAGAUCGAAUGAAUUCUUCUCCUUACCAACCUCCUCCUCCGCAGCCGUAUGGACCAGUUCCUCCAGUACCUUCUGGAAUGUAUGCUCCUGUGUAUGACAGCAGGCGCAUCUGGCGCCCACCUAUGUACCAACGAGAUGACAUUAUUAGAAGCAAUUCUUUACCUCCAAUGGAUGUGAUGCACUCAUCUGUCUAUCAGACAUCUUUGCGGGAAAGAUAUAACUCAUUAGAUGGAUAUUAUUCGGUGGCUUGUCAGCCACCAAGUGAGCCAAGGACAACUGUGCCUUUACCAAGGGAACCUUGUGGUCAUUUGAAGACCAGUUGCGAGGAGCAGAUAAGAAGAAAGCCAGAUCAGUGGGCACAGUACCACACUCAGAAAGCACCUCUUGUCUCUUCAACUCUUCCUGUGGCAACACAGUCACCAACACCACCUUCUCCUCUAUUCAGUGUAGACUUCCGUGCGGAUUUCUCAGAGAGUGUGAGUGGUACAAAAUUUGAAGAAGAUCAUCUUUCCCAUUAUUCUCCCUGGUCUUGUGGCACCAUAGGCUCCUGUAUAAAUGCCAUUGAUUCAGAGCCCAAAGAUGUAAUUGCUAAUUCAAAUGCUGUGUUAAUGGACCUGGACAGUGGCGAUGUUAAAAGAAGAGUACAUUUAUUUGAAACUCAGAGAAGGACAAAAGAAGAAGAUCCAAUAAUUCCCUUUAGUGAUGGACCCAUCAUCUCAAAAUGGGGUGCAAUUUCCAGAUCUUCCCGUACAGGUUACCAUACCACAGAUCCUGUCCAGGCCACUGCUUCCCAAGGAAGUGCGACUAAGCCCAUCAGUGUAUCAGAUUAUGUCCCUUAUGUCAAUGCUGUUGAUUCAAGGUGGAGUUCAUAUGGCAACGAGGCCACAUCAUCAGCACACUAUAUUGAAAGGGACAGAUUCAUUGUUACUGAUUUAUCUGGUCAUAGAAAGCAUUCCAGUACUGGGGACCUUUUGAGCCUUGAACUUCAGCAGGCCAAGAGCAACUCAUUACUUCUUCAGAGAGAGGCCAAUGCUUUGGCCAUGCAACAGAAGUGGAAUUCCCUGGAUGAAGGCCGUCACCUUACCUUAAACCUUUUAAGCAAGGAAAUUGAACUAAGAAAUGGAGAGGUAAAGAAACUGAAUCUUUCGGCUUCAUGCUUAAUGUAUUUGUUUUCUGCUGCUGCAUCUUGGUUAUACCAUUACUGAGUGUAUUUUGGUGUGCCUAUAUCUCUGAUAGAUGAUCGAUUGCUUUUAAAACUCAUAAUAGAAAUAAAAUUGUAGUCCUAGAUUUCUUAAAUAAUUCUUUAACUAGAUCAUUGAAAUUUUUUUUUUUUU